UCCUUUUACACUUUCACUUCUUCAUUUUUUGAAGUUCUCCAAUAAAAACAUUCGUUUACUUAUUUUAUUUAAAUAUAAAUUAUGAAGUCAUUUUCUGCAAUAUCAGUAGGAUGGACGGUCGUGCCACCACCGGAUAUAACAUUUCCGUCGUCUUCUUCAUAUUUUGGCCGUGAAUUUAGAUUAACAUCCCAUGUCCACUCUCUGAUUGGGGAUAGAUUAGUCAUUUCAAACCGCAAUGCAUCUUGCUUUGUAGUGCAAAGAUCAUCUAACUCUACAGCUACUGAAAGAACAGAGAAAGGGGAACAUGAAAGAUCACCUGAAAAAGAUGAAGGUGUUUCAUAUACGUUAGAUGAAGCAAUUUCCAGCAUAGGGUUUGGGAAGUUCCAGUUUAUCGUGCUUGCAUAUGCUGGACUGGGUUGGGUGGCGGAAGCCAUGGAGAUGAUGCUUUUGUCCUUCGUCGGACCGGCCAUUCAACCGGAAUGGGGACUUUCUUCCGGCGAAGAGAGCUUCAUUUCAACUGUUGCUUUCGCUGGCAUGCUUGUGGGGGCAUAUUUGUGGGGCGUCGUUUCAGAUAACUAUGGAAGAAAGAAGGGUUUCCUUGGUGCAUCCAUACUAACAACAGGAGCUGGAUUCUUGAGUGCUUUCGCCCCAAAUUAUACAUCAUUAUUGAUUCUUCGUUGCUUCAUUGGCAUUGGUCUAGGGUGUGGACAUGUAUUUACAUCAUGGUUUCUAGAGUUCGUUCCAACUCAAAAAAGAGGAACAUGGAUGGUUGUUUUUGCAACAUUUUGGACUGUUGGAACCAUUAUUGAGGCUUCACUCGCAUGGUCGAUCAUGCCUAGAUUUGGUUGGAGAUGGCUACUCGGUCUAUCUGCUUUUCCAUCUCUACUUGUGUUAUUGUUUUAUGGUAAUGUACCCGAGUCACCAAGGUACCUUUGCAUGAAAGACAGAUUGACUGCGGCACGUGAUGUUUUAGAGAGAGGAUCAACACUCAAUCAACGUGAACUUCCCAUUGGCAUGCUAGUGUCCGAUCAAAUAAAUAAAGCUGAUCAUAACGAGUUUCAUUCGUUAGAAACCUUGGAUGAUCAUAGAACUACUGUGUCGUCGAUAUCCAUGCUACUAUCACCUAAGUUGAUAAAGACAACACUUCCGUUAUGGGCCUUGUACUUUGGAAAUACAUUUUCUUAUUAUGGUAUUGUGCUUCUGACUUCACAAUUGAGCAUUUCUAAUAGCGAAUGUGGUAAUGUGAUUGCUUCGCAGUUGGAAAGUAUCCAGGAUUCGAGUCUCUACACGAAUGUGUUUGUAACUAGCUUGGCAGAACUCCCCGGGCUUGGUUUGGCAGCCAUCAUAUUAGACAGACUAGGUCGUAAGAUCUCGAUGAAAAUUAUGUUCCUUGCGGGAUUCAUUCUACUUCUACCACUUGUUGUUCAUCAAAAUCAAAUAAUGACUACAACAUUUCUAUUUGGAGCUCGUAUGUUCAUCUCCACAAGCUUCAUUGUCGCUUGUAUCUACGCCCCAGAGGUAUACCCAACAAACUUAAGGGCAAGAGGAGUUGGAAUAGCAACGGCUAUAGGUCGAACCGGUGGCAUGGUGUGCCCGAUUAUAGCAAUUGGACUGGUUGCAAAUUGCAACCAAACACUCGCAAUUAUGUUGUUUGAGGUUGCUAUACUUGUUUCAGGACUUAGUGUUGUUAUGCUUCCAUUUGAAACCAAAGGGAUGGAAUUAAUUGAUGAUGUGGAACAAUCUAGCAAUAUAUGAAAAGAAAAAUAUUUUAUUUUUUUUAUA